CAAGGGGACCCGCUAAAAAAUCUCCCCCAUAUUUUAUUUUUUUUUUUAUUAAAUAAAGAAAGCAACUUUAUUCUCCACCCUUCUCUCUCCUAUACGUAUUUAAUAUGGCUUUCCGUUUAAUUACUAAAAGUGCCGCAACUGCUGCUGUUGCUACUCGUCCUAGCUUAAUUAACACUACUCGCCAAUCCUUGGGUGCCACUGCUGUUCGUCAUUAUACCACUCAAAAAGAAGUUGAUCCUAAGGAAAAGGCAAAAAGCAUCAUCGAUACCCUUCCAGGCAACAGCCUCAUCUCUAAAACUGGUUAUCUUACUUUGGGCACUGGUCUCGCCACAUAUUUGAUUUCUAAAGAGAUUUACGUCUUCAACGAAGAAACACUUGUCUUGAUUUCCACCGCUGGUCUCCUUGGUGUUCUUUUGAAAUACCUUCGAGAACCUUUCACCAACAUGGCCAAUGAACAUAUCGAACGUAUCAAAAAUGUUUUGGUCCAAGCUCGUGAAGAUCAUAAGAGUGCUGUUCAAGAGCGAAUUAAUGAAGUUGGACAAAUGAAGGAUCUUGUUGAUGUUACAAAGUCUCUCUUUGAGCUUUCUCGUGAAACAGCUCAAUUAGAAGCUGAAGCAUUCCAAUUGAAGCAACAGGUCAAUGUUGCUCAUGAAGUUAAGUCUACUUUGGAUUCUUGGGUUCGUCAUGAAGCUAGUCUUCGUGAACGUGAACAAAAGCAAUUGGUUGCUUAUUUGACUGAAAAGAUCAAUAAGGACUUGCAAGAUCCUAAAAUUCAACAACAAAUUCUUGAUCAAGCUAUUCUUGAUGUUCAAAAAAUUGCCAAGUCUCAUUAGAUAUCAAACCAUUUUCCUUGUAGUUAAUUAACGAUCGUCCUUUUUGUAUAAUCACUUUAUGAAUAUUUUUCUUUGGAAAAAAAAAAAUACAAUUAAAUGGUUUUAAAUAUAUGCACAUAAAAAAAAAAAAGCUGUCAUAAAAUAUAAAAAUUGCCCUUGAAGAUUGAUAA